CAUAACAUGGAUUUUUCCGGAAAAGUUGUUCUUAUCACUGGCGCCAGUUCUGGCAUUGGUGCUGCAACUGCUCAAGAAUUUUCCAAACUUGGAGCUCAGCUAGUUUUGGUUGGACGCAACGUGGAAAAACUCCAGGAAGCAACAGCAAAAUGUCUCAACCCGGAAACUCAUUUGCAAAUCAAGGCCGACAUGACCAAUGAGAAUGACGUGCAACGUAUCAUCAAGGAGACCUUGGAUAAGUUCCAGAAAUUAGAUGUUUUGGUAAAUGCGGCUGGUAUCAUUGAAAAUGGCACUAUCGAAAAUACUUCGUUGGAGCAGUUCGAUCGUGUGAUGAAUACUAAUAUGCGUUCACUAUAUCAUUUGACCAUGUUGGCUGUACCCGAACUGAAGAAGACCAAAGGAAAUAUUGUGAAUAUUUCCAGUGUCUGUGGUUUGCGUGCAUUCCCCAAUGUAUUGGCAUAUAACAUUUCAAAAUCGGCUGUGGAUCAAUUUACUCGUUGUGUGGCCUUGGAAUUGGCUUCGGCUGGUGUCCGUUGCAAUUCUGUCAAUCCUGGUGUUAUCAUUACGGAGUUGCAUAAACGUGGCGGUAUGGAUGAGGAAGCUUAUCAAAAAUUCUUGGAACAUUGUAAGGCCACACAUGCUCUGGGCCGUGCCGGUGAAGUGAAUGAAGUCUCGGGUGUUAUUUGUUUCUUGGCCAGUGAUAAGGCCAGUUUUAUUACAGGUGUUAAUAUGCCUGUCGAUGGUGGCCGUCAUGCCAUGUGUCCAAGAUAA